UGACUCGUUAUGACAUAACCACCGCCCCUUGGCAAAGUUGGUCAUAAUAGACUAAUAAUAAUGAUGGUGAUGAUGCAUAGAUGUAAACUACCAUGUAGGCCGCUUGUUAUCCUACAGCCAUACAGCCAGUAUAAAUCUUUAAAAACGCUUCUGAACGGUUCGACUUUUCCAGUUCAGCUCCCAAGUGCAUUUUCUGUAGUUUGUCUCCGCAGCGCAUCUUCGGUGUGGUCACUUUCGGUAAACAGCGCUUUCCGGGGUUUGAGCGCACUACCUCUGCCGAAAAACACGUCAACCACUGCAGCAGCAGCAGCAGUACCGCACUGUGUAGACAGCAGCAGGCCUACGAGGAGCCACGGGAGGGGGGGGGGGCUUGUCAGUUACAGCCUGCUCAUUCUUAAUUAUCUCCAUGGCCGAUGAUGAGACCCGGCAGAAGGCGGACCUGCUCAAACUGCGCCAAUUAUCUGCAUAGGACGGAUGCGCGGCCGUGUGUCCAGGCUUCAGAGCAAUAUGUUCCGUUGAAGGCAAAGACAGCUGAUUAAAACACAGUCGCUUAGUAGCUGGUUGUCGGUAGUUAAAAGGACGCUUGUUGUCUGCGCUUUACGUAAUCGUUUUUGCGUAAUUUGCACCGGGUAUUGGAUGCCGCGUGGACCAAGAUUAUUUUGGCGAGGAUAUCUCUAGUGCUUUCCCUCCCUCCCUGCAUCCGCGGUUAUCUUCAACAGCAGACACAGACUCAUUCAGACAGGAACUAUCUGUAUGUCUAUUAACAUUGUAAACAGACGAGGAGCUGUUUUUGUUUAAUGAGAUCCAGUAUCGCUGCAUCCAAGCUGAAGCCCUCACUCAGCAAUGCCUGGGAAUCCUCCAGCUGCUCUCCCAUGCUGUUCUCUGAGAAUGGGAUCAUAGUAAACCUCUCUGGGAUUUAGAUCAACUGCUAGCAUGUUGCAGCCAUCCCCCAGAACAGGUGAAAGCCUGUUGGAAAUAUUACCUCACUGGAGUAAGCAUGUGAGAUGGGCCCUCACCCUCUGCAUGGCUCUCCUCUGGCUUCCAGGAGCAGCAGGAUCGACCCUGAACUGCCACAAGACAUGCAUCUGCGCCUCAAACAUAGUGAGUUGCUCCAAAAUGAAUCUGACCAUCGUCCCAACAGGUCUACCACUUUACACAGCUGUGCUGGAUCUCAGCUAUAAUGACAUAACGCAUCUGAAGGCUGAGUGGACCCCAGUCAAGCUCCUGAAGCUCCAUAACCUCCUCCUCAGCCAUAAUCAUCUUUACUUCCUAUCUACAGAGGCGUUCAUAUAUGUGAAGCACCUGCGCUACCUGGACCUGUCCUCCAACAACUUGCAGAGGCUGGAUGAGUUCAUUUUUGAGCCUUUGGUCAACCUGGAGGUCCUCCUGCUUUACAAUAACAAAAUUACCCAGAUUGACCGCUCAGCCUUUGUGGGCAUGAGCAACCUUCAGAAGCUCUACCUGAGCCAGAACCAAAUCUCACGCUUCCCUGUGGAGCUGGUCAAGGAAAAGUCGCGUUUGGAGAAACUUAGUCUCCUGGAUGUGUCGUCCAACAAGAUAAAGAUAUUACCCAUUGAUGAGCUCCAGGUGCUGCCAGCCUGGAUUAAAAAUGGCCUCUAUUUCCACAAUAACCCUCUGCUGUGUCACUGUGAUCUCUACACACUCCUAGCCCACUGGUACAUUCGAAAGCUCAACUCAGCUGUGGACUUCAAAGACGACUAUACAUGUAUUCUGCCUGGUCCACAAAAAACUCAAGUAGGUGUUUUUGAUCUCAGCGGUGACAAUAUGAACUGCAGCACCUUCAAGGAGGCAGAUCAAGAGGCUUUUCUGGAGCAAACUCUGAUCUUAGGCUGUGAUACCAAACACAGGGACAUGCUAAAGACCUGGAUGAUGCCUGGUAAUGUGGUGGUGACACCUGGAAGCAACCAGACAGCCAAAGUCCUGCCAGACGGAAGUCUGCAAAUUAGUCCAGUGAGGUCUGAGGACUCUGGCACCUACACGUGCUUUGCGAUAAGCGAGGUCUUCAAUGAGACCAUCUAUGUGGUACUGAAAGUUCACAACUUCACCAUGCAUGGGGGUGGGGAGACCCUGAACACAGCAUACACCACAUUGGUGGGCUGUCUGGCCAGUGUCGUGCUGGUUCUCAUGUAUCUUUACCUGACGCCGUGUCGCUGCUUCUGCUGCCCCAAUAAGGGUAAGGCUCGGGGCGAGGACAGCAUUCACUCAUCCAUGCUCAGUGUGACUCCUACCCAUGCGGACCAAGCACUCAAGGCAGAGAUGAACAGGCACGUGGCGUUCAUAGACUCCAAGGACUUGCAGGGCCAGAAUGGCAAGCUGAACCCUAAUGGGGACGAGGAUGAUGAUGAUCUGGAUGCAGAGGCUGGUUCUCUUAUGAAAGGGAAGAGGAAGAAGUCAGUAGCAGAGUCCAUCAGUUCCGUCUUCUCAGACACUCCAAUGGUUGUCUGAGAUGAGGCUGGCAAAGACGAUGGAUGCCACAUGACUUGAUGUAUACGGUACAAUGUGAGCCAUGUUUUAGUUCAUGUAAACUGUGACUGUGACCUUGUGGGAGGAAAUGAAGGAAGGAUGGUCAUCUGUAGUUGCUGACAAAUAGAGAUAAGGAUCUCAAAGGGAGUAAAAACCAAACUGUCUUGUUGUCAUCACGGACAAUGAGCAGGACUUUCCCAGCAUUUUAAUCUGUAGCACUUAAUAUUCAUACUGUGAAGGAAUGGCAGUGUGCAUGAACAGCGAAAACUACUUAAGUCUUAUGAGGAGAAAAGGUAAAUGAUAUAUUGUUAUCAGCACUCAGGAAGUGAUCCAUUUAAGUGCUAUUGUGUGUGGAAUGCAAAGGAUACAAUGCACAGGCUGAAAUUAGAUAUGUAAAAACCCUAUUGAAACCAUGGGUGGUUCAUAAUUAUAUUUAUUACAAGGACUGGAAUAUAUUGCAUCUUCCAUAAACAGUAGAUCCAUUUACUCCUGUUUUUAUCAACACAGGGCCAGAGACUUAGAUAGAGAGACUUAGACAGACUGCCAUCACUAUACUAUCAAUACAUCUCUCAUUAGCCCUUGAGUCAUCUAUAGAGAAACAGCCUGCCAUACACCCACAUUAUAUGAGGUCCCAGACUGAUCUGUAUGGUCCACAGUAAAUGUAGAUUCAUCAGACAUGUGGUCAUUUAUAUUAUGACAAUGCACAAACAUUAUAUUAAGAGGCCAUUGCAGGUCAUUUCCAUUCUACUUCAUAGCUGAUACUUAGUUGCACUCACAUGUAGUUCAUCAGACUGAUACCGUUACUCUUAUUCAUAGACAUAUGUGUAGCAAUAUAGAUGAGAUGAGAGCUAUAUUCCUUUAUUCCUUUGCUAUAACAAGGGAUCAAUUUACAUAGAGGCACUAAAUAGUUGAACAGCUCAUGAAAGUUUUUUGUUUAUGAAUGAAUUAAAGUUAUAAAGCUAUCGUAGUAUAACCCAAAAGAUACUUGUAAAGCCUUACUUAAUUAAAAAUAUGGAUGGAGCAACUCCAGCAGAAACACAUGUAUUUUGUCUUGACUGAUUACCAACAUCUCAGUUCUGGAACCACGAUCCUUACAAGGACAAACACACUGUUGUCCACUGAGGUGCUACUUAGUGCAGAGUUUGACUCCUACUCUGGGCUUAUAGCAUGUUUGAUUUCUCAAUCACACUAGCAGGAUGUUGAACACCAAGCUAAUGGUAAAAGAUGCCAGAUUAAAAUAGUUUGAUCAAGAAAACAUAUUCUUCGUCUUCUUGGUGUAUUCAUACAUCAUAAAUUAUAUCAUAGACAUUAUAAGUAUUUGGUUUUGCCUUUUGCUCAGAUGGACUAUUAGCAGCAUCAUGCUAACAUAAUAUGUAGCCAUGUUAGCCCUGCUGUAGGUAGAAAAAGCUGUAUGUUGUAAUAGCAGGUAAAAAUUUGAGUCUGCCACAUAAUUAAAUCUGCAGGAUUCCUUACAGAAGAUAGAAAUUAUGAAUAACACUGAUAAAGUUUUACACUGUUUGUCAAUAGAGAGCUGAUUUCAGAAUUAGCAUCUAUUGAUAAAAAACCUCUUGUAAGCUCAGAAGAUAAGAUAAUUAUGAUUGGACCGGUUAUAAAUGAAAUUUAUUGCACAAGACACCUCAUAGGCUGUGCGCAUUUCAUUAGCAAUUAAAGCAGGAGAUUGUGUCUUGCCCCAAACAAGAAAGAGUGGUUUCACUAAACUGCGCAGUGUUUGUGUCCCAGCACAACAAAAUCAGCCUGUCAUGAAUGCUAAUUGCAUCUUUUGAUGGGAUUCAGCUUCCCUGUGCUUUCCAUGUCUUUGUUUUUCUGAGCAGGAGCGGAUAGGUGUGUUAUCAUGAGCCCAGCAACACAAAGCCAUUCUCUCUGGCUCCCUACACUGACAGCCCAGAUGUGUUUGCUUUGUUUGUGUACCUCUGUCAUUACGAGGCUGCCCUUACUUAAAUUCAAAAGCAAUCAUUCAACUGUACAAUGAAUGGGAUGCCCUUUAAGUAGUCUGUUUAUCAGUGAAACACCUGGAACUUUCAUUAAAAAUUGGCUCUCCUCUUGAGUCAUAUGGUUGGAAAUUAUAACAGUAAAAUUUUCAAAGUGUAGUCCUUUUAAGUUUUCCACUUUGACCAGUACCAGAGCAGAUAUGACAGUGGACAGUUAUGUAAAUCACUUUUGCAGUUAAAUGUCUGCAGCUAUAACUCUCAAGUGUUAAGAUGUACACAUUUCUGGGUGCAAUAGGUUUUUACGCAAAAUUGAUGUUAUAUUCACAGUUGCACCACAGCAUCUCUUAUGUGGGUGAGAAAAGGAAGUCACACUCAUUGGAGAGGUGGUGUGUGAAUCAUUCCUCACACAUAGGAAUACCAGGUGGAGAAAUGGAGAGCAGCAAAAAUACCACAAGAUGCACUUAAAUAAAGUCCACUUUUAGCACUACUGCAUUCUGGCUGUAGUUUGCCCCAUUUUUAGUGACCACAGAUUUUAAAUAUAUGUGCUGUUCACUGCUUUCUCAUCAUGGGAUCAAUCUAUAACUCCUUGGAUUUCAAGUCCCAGCCACUCAGGGCAACAUGAAAAGGUACUGAAUGGCAGGAUCUGAAAGGACUGAAGAAUAGCACACUUUGAACUGACAAACAGAAAGGAAUAGCAUAUGUGUUUGCCCUGAAGUAACCCAGUGUCAAUGAAGUUAAAUCUGCCUUGGUUAAUUUGUGGUCUUCUCCUCUGGGUUGUCACUCAAAAUACAAGAUGCAGUUCUGUACAGAGAAAAACUAAGUGCUAUUGCAAAGGUCCUGAUUAGAGGAGAAGAGUGACUUUGUUCUCUCUAAAGCAAAUCUGCCUUCCUAUAGCUAUCUAUAUAUACUAUAUAUAUAUAUAUGUAUUAAGACUCACUUUUCUGUGUUCAGUAUUGAUUAGUAGUGUACUGCUAUGUUCUACCAGUGUACUGACUGUAUUAAUGUAUAAUCUGAUGUUGUUGAUCAUUUUGCAUUUCGUCUGCCGCUUGUGCUACUGUUAAUUGUUUCGACAUUCAAGUCUUGACAUAAAUGUUUAUUUUUUAAUUGGGGUGGGGUUUAGUUUUUUAUUGAAAUGGGAUGUAUUUUACACUUGGCUCUACUAAAGAAUAUUGGUUAAACAAACAAACAAACAAAAAAAUUGACCAUGUAUCAAAUACUGAAUAACAGGAGUGCAAGUUUUGAAAGCAAUGAACUUGAUACAUCCUAAUGGGCAGUGAGAAUGUAGCCGCCAGUUACUUUCAGUCAGUAUUUGACUUUGUUCAUGAAGCCAUAAGGAAUUCAAGCAGAACGGACAGUGCUUUAUCAGACUGGUGGAUAUGUCAGGUGAUGUAGGGUGUUGUAGGUAAGCAGGUGAAUUCUCGUAACAUAUACGUAAAGACUCUACAAGAAAAGUCAAAGAAUAUUUUUAUGAAAGCCAGGGAUGUUGGAAACAUUGAGAUGUCUCUCCACCUGCAGCAGUUCAUUUGUGAGUCACAGUGGGUUUUGAAAGGAUUUGAUGUCAGAAGGUAAAUAAAUCUUCUCAGGACUAUGCCAGUUUUAAGUUUCCAAUGCCAUGAGUAAACAUAUUGAGAUUAAAUCUUUGGACUGAGAUCUGUGCAGUUCACGGGUCAUUUGCUAUUUGCAGUAAUGGCACAUUAACUGUUCUCUUAAUGAUCAGUUCUCACAGAUUAGCGAAGGGAGUGCUCUUUCACUGCCCGACACACAUCUGUCUUCAUUCAUCUGACCAUGUAGUAGCAAUCAAGGAAAACGUCUUUGAGGUGGAGGGGCUAAAAGCUUUUUUGCUUUAACAAUUUGCUACUACAAGAAUGGAACUUUUAACAGCAUUACAAGAACAGAGUUUAUUGACCACGGCUUCAGGAAUUACGGUAGCUGCUUGGUCACUGCCAUGAAGUCUGACAGACCUCACAGCUAAAGUGGAUUGGCUUUGCAUGGUACGCUUCAGAGCUUCUCUGACUGCAAGAUAGAUGCAACCUAGUAAGCAUUAAAGAUAAACAAUACUGAUAUAUCAUUUGACUUAAUAAAUG